AAAACUUUUAUGGCGUUACAUUUUAAUACCAAACAUUAAGAACGGUUGGACAGUAAAAAUGCCAAUUGUCUGCAAGUUGGGCAACACAAUUUUUCUCAUUUGUGUGCUUCUAGGUAUAUUUAUCGUAGUUGAGAGCCAGAUGUUUACAUUGACAGGUGCCAAGAAAUGCCACGAUGUGUGUCCCAUGGGCUAUCGUGUAGUAUGUGCCCUGGACGUCAUAGAUGGUUGCCUACGCACUUUUGCCAGCAGUUGUGUGAUGCGAAUGUACAACUGCAAGUAUCAGAGGGAUUAUCGCAUUAUAGCAGAAAGGGCCUGUGAAUUUAUGACCAACGACGAGCUGCAAAUGUUAAAAAUCUAGCGGACGAUUUCGUUAGCUGUGCAGUUCCGGAGUUCACCGCCAGAGAGCGCCAGCAGGACAAUGCGCACGCGUCGUAUACGCAAUGUGGAUGCGAGCGAAAAUCGCCAAUUGUCCUCCGUUGUUUUCCCAGCAAAGCCAUCCUUUUUUACGACAUUGUUAAUGUUUUAAAUAACGAGAAUUAAUAAAGAAAAUAAAUUAAGCUAAAGUGUAAUAAAAAUA